AUGGGGCUUGGAUGCGGACGAGCUGGGCGCCUCUUGGUGUUUGCCGUCCUCUUGAGGCGCUUGGCUUUCACUGGGCCACAGGAAGUUGGUCGGGAGCGACGGCUUUCCCGUCGAGGCCCAGGUGGCCCGGAGAAGCUGGAUGGGGCGGAGGAUGCCAAGCCUUUGUCGUACUAUGCAGGGAUGCUGACCAACCCUCCCAGUGAGGAGGAUUCCGAGAAGGACAUGAUAACUCCAACCUUAAAGUUUGUUGGAUACGGGGCCCUGCUUGGCCUGGCCUACUUAGCGAUCUUUGUCGGGCUGAAUGCCGGAAAUAGUCCCUGA